AUGAGGGAGUGCUACUGCUCACGUCCAAGUGGUUCUGAGCUGGGGCGGAGGCAGCUGAGGGGUCUGGAAAGAGCCCCCCACUUCAAGGGCUCCUUUCCCACAGGCAGCAGCCUCCAGGGUGUGAACUGCCCCAUCCAGGGCUGGUCCAAGAAGCUGCUGCUGCUGUCCACGCGACCAGCUGUGCACGGUGCUGUCCAGCCAAACCAAUGCAGCUCCGUGGAUGUAGUCGAGGCCUCCCUGGGCAGCCUUGCAGAGUUGGUCCGGCCUUUUCCUGGAAAGGCAGGAGGCCAGCUGAAUGGGACGGAGCAGCUGUCCAGCCGUGGAGGGGAGGGACAAGGGAGGCCAUCGCAAGAAAGGCAGCAGGUCGUGGAGGGUGGAGCUGGAGAACUGGGGCACAAUGACCUGCCCUGGCAGCUGCUGAAAAAAUUCAACAACCAAUUGUCCCUGGAAGCAGCCAACCUGACCCAUCUCCAAGAGACACACACCAACAUUCCCAAGCUACAGACAGGGCAUGUGGGAGCACAGUUCUGGGCAGCCUAUGUGCCUUGCGAGACUCAGAACAAAGAUGCUGUGAAACGCACCUUGGAGCAGAUCGAUGUCAUCCACCGCAUGUGCCUCCGAUACCCAGAUGCCUUUGCAUGUGUCACUGACAGUGCAGGUAUCAAGGAUGCCUUCCGCACUGGCCACGUGGCCAGCCUGAUUGGGGUAGAGGGCGGCCACUCCAUUGACAGCAGCCUGGCAGUCCUGCGCACCUUCUACCAGCUGGGGGUGCGCUAUAUGACCCUCACCCACAGCUGCAACACGCCCUGGGCUGAUAACUGGCUGGUAGACACAGCGGACGAGAAGCCCGUCCAUCAUGGCCUGACUGAAUUUGGGAAGCGCGUGGUGAAGGAGAUGAACCGCCUGGGCAUGCUGGUCGACCUGGCUCAUGUCUCCGUGGAGACGAUGGGCGAUGCUCUGGACGCCUCCGGCGCCCCGCUGAUCUUCAGCCACUCCUCCGCCUUCGCCGUCUGCCCGAGCCGGCGCAACGUGCCCGACAGCCUGCUCCAGCGCGUGAAAACCACCCGCAGCCUAGUGAUGGUGAACUUCUACAACGACUACGUCUCCUGUAGCCCGGAAGCCAAGCUUGAUCAGGUGGCGGACCACUUGGACCACGUAAAACGUGUUGCUGGCGCAGAGGCUGUGGGAUUCGGAGGAGACUACGAUGGCGUUACCAGAGUCCCAGUUGGCUUGGAGGACGUCUCCAAAUAUCCAGACUUAGUUGCAGAGCUGCUGCGGAGGAACUGGACCGAGAAGGAAGUGAGAGGCGCCCUUGCAGAGAACCUGCUGCGGGUCUUCGAGAGCGUGGAACAGGUGAGGGACAAGAUGGCCCUUGCAGCUCCCGAUGACGUGCCCAUCGCCUACCAGGAGCUGGAGGGGACGUGCCGGACCAGCUACGGGUACCCCAGUGGGGCUGCUAAGAGCAGAGGCUGCCCCAGACUCCUGCCAGGCGUGCUGGGGCUCGUUCUCCUUUCUGCGCUGCUCCACUAGGAGCCCAGGAUGCCUGCCUGCUGGGGGCCCCUUGGCGGCAUGCUCAGCGGCUGAGCCCAGUGGCGGGGCAGGACAUGGCUCUUCCCCCCCUCCAGAGCCCCCCCUUUGCGACCACUUUGUUGCUUUGGGAGCCACUGAGGGCAGCGUUUCCGGCAGCGUUUCUUCCCUGCCCGACAGCCGUGCUCUAGUCAUUGCAACAGGAGGAGAACGAAGCCUCAUCAAGUGCCCAUCGAGCCAGUCUGGGGCCCAGCCCCUCUCUGCCCCACAGCGCAUGGAGGAGCAUGGUGCGCAGCCCCCUCCUCCGCCUCCCCCAGCUGAUGCUGCCGUCACAAGGAAAACUCCCUUCUCCACCCGGCAAGCUCUUCGUCUCCUCCAGGCCCCUCCUGAACGACCCGCUUUCGCAGACUGGGUCCCUCCCUGUGCCCCGGUCCUACUGCUCAUUCUCCCCUAUUGCUGGUCCCCCUUCUCCCCCUCUCCCCUUGUCCUGCUCAUGCAUGCUGUGGGGAGGCGCAUCCUAUACAAUCCUUGCUAUGACCCAAAUCAGCCGCGACACUCCCCUGGCUUCCAAUAAAGGUUCUGUUGUCGUUCAA